AUGACAAAGACAAUAGGAUACCGAGACUGGCGAUGGCUGUCUCUUUUGUGGCAUUUUCUUUUGUGGACAACAGGGGACGCACAGACGCGUUACAGCAUCCCAGAGGAGCUCAAACGAGGUUCGGUGGUGGGCAAUUUAGCCAAAGAUCUGUCUUUGGGGCUGUCUGAGAUAUUUGAGCGCAAGCUGCGUGUCGCCUCCGAGGUUGGUAACGAGUAUUUCAUCAUAGAUGAGGGGAAGGGUGAGCUGCUGGUCAACGACAGAAUAGACAGAGAGGCUUUAUGCGGUCAAAGCGCCACCUGCAUGUUGCCUCUGCAAGUGGUGCUUGAAAAACCUUUACAUUUGCAUCGAAUUGAAGUAGAAAUUCAAGACAUUAACGACAAUUCACCCCUGUUUCAUACGAACGAACUUUCUUUAAAAAUACCAGAAUUGGCUACAGUAGGUACUCGUUUCCUUUUGGAAAGUGCAGAGGAUUUAGAUGUUGGAAGUAAUUCAGUAAAAACCUACACAUUGGCUAAAAAUGACUGUUUCACGUUGAAAAUGAAGGAGGUUGAGGACGGUAAAUUAGUUCCCGAGUUAGUGUUACAAAAGCCACUAGACAGAGAAAAAAAGGCUUCCCAUCAGCUCCAGCUAACUGCUCUGGAUGGAGGGAAUCCAGUCCUGUCUGGUACUGCACAAAUUACUGUUUCAGUGCUGGAUAUAAAUGAUAAUUUCCCUGUGUUUGACAAAAGUCUAUAUAGAGCAUCUUUACAAGAGAAUGUGGCAAAACAUACAUUUAUACUAAAAUUGACAGCAACGGAUGCAGACGAGGGACCGAAUGGCGACAUAGAAUAUAUUUUUAGUUCACGCACGCCCGAUGUCAUGCUGUCUAUGUUUAAAUUAAAUUCAGUAACAGGUGAAAUAUUUUUACAAGGAGAUUUAGAUUACGAAAAAACUUCAUCAUACAAAAUUGAAGUCACUGCUAAAGACAAAGGGAUGCCUGAAAUGGAGAGUCAUAGUCGUGUGCAAAUUGAUGUUAUUGAUAUUAAUGAUAAUGCUCCAGAAAUCAUACUUACCUCGGAACCGCAACCGGUGAGGGAGGAUGCACCAAGUGGUUCAGUGGUGGCUCUGCUGACAUCACGUGAUGCAGACUCGGGUAAUAAUAGCAAAGUAACACUACAGCUAGCUAAAGGAUUCCCCUUUACUCUGAAACCAUCCUUUUCUAAUAAUUACGCUUUAGUUACCAGCGUUGCUUUGGACCGAGAGAGUGUGUCUGUUUAUAAUAUUGAGAUUACAGCCAGUGAUUCAGGCUCCCCUCCUCUAUCUAGUAAAAAAACAAUAGCUGUCAGCAUCACUGAUGUUAAUGACAAUCCUCCUGUCUUCUCUCAGAGCUCUUACAACGUUUAUCUAAAAGAGAAUGGAGCAGCAGGUUCCAUACUCUUUUCUGUGUCUGCAAGCGACCUGGAUGUAGGCGAAAACGCUAAAGUGUCUUACUCCAUUGUGGACUCUAAAGCUAAUGACAUUUCCGCGUCGUCUUACGUUUAUGUGAACUCUGACAAUGGCAGCAUCUACAGUAUGCACUCGUUUGACUACGAGAAAAUCAAAGUGUUUGACGUUCAGGUUGAGGCAAAGGACCAGGGCUCUCCGUCCCUCAGCAGUAGUGCCACCGUCCAUGUUUUCAUUCUGGACCAGAACGACAACGCCCCGGCCGUCAUCUACCCCUCCCCUCACGCCGCCUCCCACAUGAGGUUGCCCCGCUCGGCCAAGGCGGGCCACCUACUCACCAAGGUGACGGCCGUGGACGCGGACUCGGGCCACAAUGCGUGGAUUUCAUACAAAGUGAGAGAGGCCACAGACGCCUCUCUCUUCAUGCUAACUUUAAACACGGGGGAGUUGAGGACUAAACGCGCUGUGUCCGAGCAUGAUGACUCCUCUCAGAGAUUAAUCGUUGAAGUAAAGGACGACGGGGAACCAGUCCGCUCAACUACUGUCACGCUGUCCAUCCUACUGGAGGAUGGUGUGCGCGAACCCAUAUUGGAGCUAAGACACAAGGCGGCAUCAGAGCCCAGCAUGAAAGAGGGAAGAAUCACACUUUAUUUAAUUGUGUCACUAGCUUCGGUUUCCAUGCUGUCACUGCUCACUUUGCUGGUCUUAGCGGUGAAAUGCAUGAGGAGCAGCACAACCGGCGCUAUUUGCUGCGUAAGACGGACGCACUGUGACGAGGACAAGAAGCCCAACAGAAAUCUACACAUUCAGCUUAACACAGAUGGACCUAUCAAGUAUGUGGAGGUUCUGGGAGGAGAUGUCAUGUCUCAGAGUCACUCCUUCAGGUCUUGCAUGUCUCCCAUGUCAGAGUACAGUGAUUUCACUUUGGUCAAGCCCAGCAGCACCACAGACUUUAAGGAGGUCAUCAGCGUCCUGGAUGCCUCUUUACCUGACAGUACCUGGACUUUUGAGAGCCAGCAGAUAGCCACUGCUGUGAAGAGGCUGUGGAUGAGGAUGUUUGCUUUGUGA